AAUAACCACAGAAAAUCGCUUAAUCGUAUUCGAUAGCCUACAGGCCGUUUCUUCUUCCUCGCCAAAAAAUCAAUAUCCAAUCCAUCGACAUUGGACACUCUUCUUCAACUAAAACAAAAUCCAAAUUCUUAUCUUCAAAUCUUAUUCGUGGUUUCGUACUCCAACAAAAACCAGUAAUUUCUCAUCACAAAUUAGCUACAGAAUUUGUUUACGCAAAAAGAUGUCGGUGAAAGGAACUGCCCUGCUGAAAGAUGUUCCGUGGAGGGCGUCGACGGCUGCAAAACCUAUUCCUAAAAUUCACCACUCUCCCAUUCUCCGCCUCUCUCAGAAUCCUUAUUCUCAAUUUGCCCUUUCUGUUAUGAAGCAUGAUGAUCCAAUUGGGAGUGGCCUAGGGAAAGAGGCUGUGGUUGAAGCUGCAGGGCCGGACUGCAUUGUGCCUGGUCAAACUGUACCCAUCAAGUUACUUGGUCUCAAGGUGCUCAAUUGUCAAGGCUCCAGAUUAUACACAUGCACAGUUUUUUUAACCCAAAUGGCCUCUUCUAUACAACUCCACACACUACAAAUUCUCAAUAAAAGUCUAAUGAAGAUUACAACAGAGGAUUUCUGGGAGGGAAAUCCCAAAUCCCACUAAACUUAAACAAAUUUUUUUGGAGGGAACUUACUAGGGAAUGGCCAACUACCACUAGCUACAAAGGAUUACCUAUACAACAAAAGGAGAUUUAUAGAAGUAUUGCCCUCAGAAAAUUUUCAUCAUAGGGCUACGGAGUAUGCUGCUGGAGACAGUGCCGGAGAUAUCGCAGGCGACAAAAACUCGUGCAUUGUAGGAGUGGACACCAAAAAUCUGAUAGCUCAAAGGCUGCUACAAUUGAGCCAUGAAGGUAAAGUAGCAUAUGGAGGUUUUGUGAAGACAGCAAAGGACUUUAGAGUGAGCAGGAAAACAGUGCAUAGAAUCUGGGCAGAGGCCAGCAACCAAAUCCAACUUGGAGUACCUGUGAGCAUACAAGAUCGUGUUUAAAGGAUUCAAACGCAAAGAUAGAGUUCAACUUGAUUCAAACAGAGUAAGAGCUCUUUCAUUCCUUGAAAGAUCUACCAUCCGCAAGCUGGCUGUCAAACUGGAGUUAAGUAAGAGUGCAGUGGGCAGAAAGGUGAAAGCAGGGGAACUGCGGCCACACACAAAUGCUGCUGUGAAGCCCCAACUUACUGCCGCAAACAAGUUAGCAAGAAUGAAAUGGGCUCUCAUUCAUGUUCAGCCUCUGGUGCACAAUGGUAUGCUCAAAUACCACACAAUGCACAAUGUAGUGCACAUAGAUGAAAAAUGGUUUUUCAUGACUAAGGCUACGGAUAGAUACUACCUGCUGCCAGAUGAAGAAGAACCAUAUAGGUCAUGUAAGUCAAAGCGGUUUAUCACAAAGGUGAUGUUUAUGCGUGCUGUGUGCAGACCAUACUUUGGACAAGAUGGAGAUGUCAUAUUUGAUGGAAAAACAGGCAUCUUUCCAUUCACAACAAAAGAGCCAGCACAGAGAAAAUCCAAGAACAGAGCAAAAGGCACCUUGGAGACAAAGCCAAUUCAAUCAGUGAACAAGGAAGUCAUGAGAGACUGCCUCCAACCCAAUUACAAACCACAGUUGUAGGGGGUGGCUGGUGGUGGUGGCCCGUAGUAGGGGCAACCACAGUCAUCGUACUCAAUGGCGGAGUGAGAAGGCAACACAUCUACGGGUAUGGCGAAAUCAACUAGGGUUUCGGGGACAACGGUGUCAAUUAGGGCUCCGGCGUCGAAGGCGGAGUCAGAAUCCCAUAGAUGCUCCGGGGUGUCUGGGACGACGAGAUCGUCCAGAUCGACCGAUAAAAAACCAGUAGGAGAGUCGAGAUAAGCAUCCAUCGAUUUGUGUGGAGGCGGUCGAAGUUGUGGAGGAAUCAGUGUAGAUCUAGGGUUUUCACAGGGAGUACUGGGAGUGGAAGGGGAGUCGAGUUGUGUGGAGGCGGUGGGAAUGGUGGAGGAAUGAGUGUAGAUCUAGGGUUUUUAGAAUGAGGAAGGUGAAUUGGAAUGGGAGUCGAAUUGAAUGAGGGAGACGGCU